UCUUAUCAGCCAAAACCAUCACCACUCCCCCGGCCAUCUUCACCACCCUCCCUCACCCCCAGCUACAUCCCCUCCCCCGGGAGAUAAAUCAUUAAAAUGCCCCGCGCCCUCAAACACCACGAGAAAAAACUCCUCCGCAAAGUCGACUUCCACACCUACAAAUCCGACAACAACCACCGAGAAUCGCAAAUCCGCACACGCUACCACCUGCAAGACCCCCUCGACUACCGCAAAUACAACCAGCUAUGCGGCUCCCUACGCCAACUGGCGCACAAGCUAUCCGAACUGGACCCCGAGAGUGAUCCCGUACGCAAGAAGCUCGAGUCCGAGGUGCUGGAUAAGUUGUUCCGCAUGGGCAUUUUGAAGCAGAGUCGCGAACAAGGAGCGGGGCUUUCGAGGGUUGAGAGGGAGGUUACGGUUAGUGCGUUUUGUCGUAGGAGGUUGGCGGUUUGGAUGGCCAGGAGUGGGAUGGUGGAGAAUGUUAAAACGGCUGUCACCUUCAUCGAGCAAGGCCAUGUUCGCGUCGGGACUGAGGUCGUCACGGAUCCGGCGUACCUUGUUACGAGGAAUUUGGAGGAUUUCGUGACUUGGGUCGACUCUUCGAAGAUUAAGAGGAGUAUUAUGCAAUAUCGGGAUAAUUUGGAUGAUUUUGAUAUGUUGUGAUACCUCUAUCUAUUUCAUUUUGUGGGUUCAGUUGUUGUUUGUGGGUUUUCGGAGUUGGGAAAAGUUACUUAUACUUAUGUUUAUACUAUACUAUACUAUAUUGCUGUGCUAUGCUGCUACUUUAUUUACUUGAGUAUUGGAUUGAUGCAUAUGCAUACUGGAUAUGGUGUUGUGUCUGUAUGAUUCGUAUAUCAUUAUAAAGAAUGCAUCUAGCUGGGUAUCAAAUGUAAUCAAUCAUCCGCCAGAAAAUAAAGCACGCUGGACUGAUAACAAGGCUAGUAUACUCCAGGAAAUUGGUCAAGCAGUCUUCACUCUCCCUCCCAUUCGAUGAAUCACCGUCUUCCGGCUUAACUUGAAACCCUUCGGAAGGGUCCUCCCUCCCCGCUUACUCUCGCACUCUUCUGGCAAAUCCAUACGGAACCGCCGUACAC